AUGUUUGACGUAGAAGGUACAGUCUCGAUUGUUACAGGUGCGCUUGGCGGGAUUGGAAGAGAACUCGUCAGGUCGUUGCUCUCGAACAAAGCCAAAGGAGUUGCAUUGUUAGAUCUUAAUGAUGCUCAGGCUGCGGAAUUUCAGGCUUCCUUGGAAAAAGAAUUCGGUGCUAACAAGACGCUCUUCUUGAAGGUAGAUGUAACAGAUUUAGAAAAUGUCAAAGGUGCAUUUAAAAAGUGUGUGGACCAUUUUGGAAAUCUAGAUAUUGUAGUGAACAACGCAGGAAUUAUUGGAAAUAUCGAGAUGGUCAUCAAAAUAAAUCUGCUGGCGUUAAUUCAAAUAUCAAAUUUGGCUUUCUUCGAUUAUCUUCCGAAAUAUAGGAAGGGCAACGAGGGUGUCAUAAUUAAUAUAGGUUCGGUUGGUGGUUUAUAUCCAUUCCAUAUACUCCCCGAUUAUUGUGCAUCCAAACACGGAGUGGUAGCAUACACUCAGGCUUUGGGAUCGAAUGUUCAUUACCAGAAUACGCAAGUAAAGGUCAUGGGUCUCUGUCCAGGUGGAACGGAUACCGAAAUUUUUAAAGGUGUGCCAGAAUACUACCAACAGUUUAUGAAGGAUACAGAUCACGCCAUUCAACAAACUGAAAUCGUUGGCGACGCUUUGAUCAAGGUUUUGAAAGAGGGAAGCAAUGGUUCUAUUUGGAUUAGCAAGAACAGUGAACCUGCCUUCGAGUUUGACUACAAAUCAGAAACAUUGCCGAUUUUGUUGAAACAUGUCUCUUAAUAAAAUAUACGGACAGAAAGAAAUUUAAUUAAAUAAU